UGCCGGGAAUGGAACUUUAUCAAACAGAAUCAAGGAAUGAUUCAUUAAACGCUUCUCGGAAUUAUCAAACGAGAAAGAGACGCCUGAACGAUUUAAUAUAGAGGAGAAGAUGUCAAAAAGCAGGAAUAUGGAGAAAAUGAGAGAGGCCGAAGCUGAACAACCGAAUGAGUCAAGCGAUAAAGAAAAUAUUCCGAAACUCAUUCGAAAUUUUCUGGGUUAUACCACAGCGCAUGGAUUUAGUCGCUUGGAAGGUUCGAAAGGAAUCUUUUGGAAAAUUUUUUGGGCGCUUGUCUGCUUAGGAUCUUUUGGGAUGUUCGUAUACCAGGUCCAUGGCCUCUUUGAACAAUGGCUUUCCCGUCCAAUAGCAACAAAUGUUCGUAUUACUUUUGAGAAGGAAGUUUCGUUUCCAGCAGUGACGAUAUGCAAUUUAAAUAUGUUGCGAGCAAACAAAAUCCCAAAAGAGCUAAAAAAAGAGAUGUUAAAGUUGAUUGGCGUGUACAACGAAUCCUCUGACACAAAUAGCACCAAAGCUCGACGACGUCGUUCCAUCUCAAGUCCUAAACCAAUUGGCUCAACGCUAACCACGACUCCAUAUAAAACAUUUCACAAAACAGAGAAUACAGAUGGUUAUUUACGGCGGCGAACCACCUCAAGAUCUGGAACAACACAGAAUGUUCGGACGCAGACGAGUCAUCGCAGGACUAAGUACAAACGUGAUAACCACAGACGCGCCGACGAAGAAUAUCUUCCUAGUGCAGAAGAAGUGGAUCAAAAUGUUUUGUUCUUGGAAAGAUUUACAGCCGCUGUGACUAAAGUUCCAACAGACAUUCUGAUUCCUGCGGGUCACCAGCUCGAUGAUCUUGUUACAAAAUGCACUUGGAGGGGAUAUGAUUGCAUGAAAUCAAGCAAUUAUACAGACUGGUGGGUUCAGAACUGGCAUUAUAAAUACGGCAACUGCUACACAUUUAAUGGAGGAGUGAAUCAAAAUGGGGAAGCAAUGAGGACCUUAAGUACGAGCAAGCCUGGACCUAGUCAAGGUCUGUCAUUACGUCUGAAUAUUCAGCAGGAAGAAUAUUUGAAAUACGUGAGCGAUGAAGCAGGCGUGCGGGUCAUACUUCACGAUCAAGGAAUGAUGCCAUUUCCCUAUCUUGAAGGCUUUAGUGUCGGUCCUGGGACAGCAACAUCAGUGGGGAUACAGAAGACGGUAAUUUCAAGAGUGGAUCGUUUCAAAAAUCACACAUGUUGGGAACUCGAUGAACUCGACGAAGAAAACAUUUACAGAAAGUUUUACAAGAUUACCAAGUACACACAGCAGACAUGUCACAAUUCGUGCGUUGGUAAAACUCAGCUGAAAGAGUGUGGCUGUGCUGAAUAUUCUUAUCCUUCCAAUACCUCAGCAUGUGACGUGUAUAAUGCGACAACACAGCAAUGUUUAUGGGAUAUUCAAAAAAGAUUUAACCGUGACAAGCUUCCUUGUAUGGAUGAAUGCAGACUUCCUUGUCGUGAAGAAGUCAUUGAGAAAACAAUCAGCAUGUCACAGUGGCCUUCCACAGCUUAUCAAGCGACUUACGAGAAGAAAAUGAGUUUUUCGUCAGAAAGUUAUUUACUCCUGAACAUUUUUUACAAUGCACUCAAUUAUCAAAGAAUCGAAGAAAAUUUUGUUUACGACGAAAUCAACUUGUUAGCUGACAUCGGUGGUCAGUUGGGUCUGUGGAUUGGAGUUUCAGUAAUUACUGUUUUUGAACUUAUUGAAUUGUUUGCAUUGAUCUUGACUCGGCUGUGCAGGCGAAAAAAAGCAAUGAUCAGGUGAAUAGCUUUGCUUG